AUGAAAUCCUACAAGCCCAGCAGCCAGGCGCCAGGUGCGCGCGUCGCGCCCCCGUGCGCAGACGGUGCCGAGUCCGUGGGCACGGGCGCCGGGCCCGAGCGGCUAGAGAGCGCGGCGCGCAGACGCCUGGCAGCCAAUGCGCGCGAGCGGCGCCGGAUGCAAGGGCUCAACACGGCUUUCGACCGCCUGCGCCGGGUGGUACCUCAGUGGGGUCAGGAUAAAAAGCUGUCCAAGUACGAGACCCUGCAGAUGGCGCUAAGCUACAUCAUGGCUCUGACCCGGAUCCUGGCGGAGGCCGAGCGAUUCGGCUCGGAGCGAGACUGGCUCAAUAUCCACUGUGAGCACUUUGGCAGCGAGCACUACCUCGCGUUCGCCGGCACAAAGCUGCCGGGCGAGAGCGAGCCCUACGGCCAGAGGCUCUUCGGAUUCCAGUCGGAGCCCUUCCAGAUGGCCAAUUAG